AUGUUUCAAAAUAGACGUACUGUCUUUCUAUUCGUGUGCUCACUUGUUUUUGUUCAAGCACUUUACUAUAUUGCUACGUUAAAAAUAAAAAGAAUCGAGCCAACUAUUGUAAAUCCGACGUCAUUAUUAAUAUCAACAUCAAUUUAUAACAAAUCGUCAGAUAAUCGCCUAUCCUCCGUCCAAAAAAACCAAGCACAUUCAAGUAAUGACAAAUCAACACAAACUAAUCAUACUGUUGAUAUAAAUUCCACCGCUAUCGCUCAUAAUCUCACAUUCACUAAUUCACCUUUGAAUAUAACAGUGAACCAAACCAUCGCUACUACCAUUUCAACAACCACAAUCUAUAAUACUACAGCACAUCCAAUCACCGCACCUAUUCCAUUUUUAAACGCCUCCUCUUUUUCGUCAUUUAAUUAUUUUAAAUCCCCACCAAACAUUUAUAAUUCUUUGCCGGUUUGUAAUUUUUCUAUAUCAAAUAAUGAUACGUCGAUAUAUAAAGUAACUAUAAAUCAAACACUUAAUUUAUAUAAUGUUAUUGAAGAAGAUCACGGAAAAGGUCUAUAUCCAGGUGGACAUUUUAUUCCAGAAGGAUGCCAAACAGAACAACGCUUAGCUCUUAUUAUAUGUUAUCGUAAUCGUGAACAACAUUUAAAACUAUUCCUAGCUAAUAUUCAUCCAUUUUUACAAAAACAAAAACUUGACUAUACAAUAUUUAUUGUUAAUCAACAUGGAAAAGAUCAAUUUAAUCGUGCUGCUUUGUUUAACGUGGGCUAUAUAGAAGCUAUGAAAUUAUAUCCAUUUGAUUGUUUCAUUUUUCAUGAUGUUGAUCUUUUGCCAGAAGAUCUAAGAAAUGUUUAUAAAUGUGGUGGUCGACCAAGACAUAUGUCGGUUGCUGUUGAUAAAUUUAAUUAUAAAUUGCUUUAUUCUACCUUGUUUGGUGGUGUAACUGCAUUUAAUUUAACAGAUUUUAUUGGCGCAAAUGGCUAUCCAACUGUUUAUUGGGGUUGGGGUGGCGAAGACGACGAUAUGUACUUACGUGUUGUAAAGAAAUUAAAAAAGUCGAUUACACGUUAUCCUAUUGAAAUAGCUCGUUAUAAAAUGAUUCGUACACAUGAUCAUACGUCGGGUAAAGCAAAUCCAAAUCGCCAUACAAUAUUAUAUUCAAAAUAUGAUUAUAGUCUUGAUGGUAUAAAUACAACGCAUUAUAGCUUACAUAAUAUAGUUUUUUAUAAAUUAUUUACAUUAAUUAAUGUUACAUUAACGGAAGAACCAUUUGAAAAAAUUCGUGCACGUUUAAAUAUAAAAAAAAAAAAUUGA